AUGUCUGAAAACAAGGAUAGCAAUGAGAUGCAACGUACCACAUCAGAGACAUCUCACAACUCUGCCGUCUCCUACAACUCAGAAUCACCCUUGAACGUUAUCCCUGAGCCAGUGCGAGACGAAGAAGGCACUACAUUUUUCCUACUAGACGUGGCCAACGAAGCAGAACCCAUCAAUGUGAAGGAGUCAGAAGCACCAGCCAAAUCCAAAUCCAAAAAGAGCAGACGAAAAAAGGGAUCAGACAACGAGGAAGGAGAGCAUGGCGAUGACGGCCAUCACAGCGAUUCCAGUCGUUCAUCCAAGAGCAGCACAGAUUCCUCUAGUUCCAGCGUUUCAGCACAAGUAGUGAUCGACCAUGGCAGCUCUAUUCCUCGUCGUCUGGAGAAGAAUGGCGCUGCUCACCUUUUACGAUCUGGCGAUGAUGAGUCAGAAAGCGAUUAUGCAUUUUGCUAUACACCCAUUCGAAGAGAAUCAGAUGCCGAUUCAGUCAGUAACCACCAACGUCGAUUACUCAACUCGCUGCAUGUAGACCGUGGAUCCUCUCAUCUGAACAUGAUGGAAGCCUCUUCUUUGCACAGUUGUCAACAGGACACAGAUUUAUCAGCUGCAGAGAAUGACGGAGACGACGAUUUAGAUGACGAUGAGGAGGAUGGCAUGACGCACAGAGAUGUGCUCUCGAGACACAACACAAACAACUCUGUGAAGGCAGAUCCCCACUUGAACCCAGACUAUGAUGACCAUACCAAUCAUGCCAAUCGUACGCCUCGACGCCGCCAUCACAAGCAUCAUCAUUCACGCAAUGGGAAAGCCUCUUCUGGCAAUAGAAAAGACCAGCUGGCAAAUAGCAAAGCCAUGGUGACUGUAUACACGGAGGAAGACGAUGAUCUGGUGGAUGAAAUGCCUCGAGGAGAUCGCGAGAGAAUGAUGAGGCACAAUGAGCGAAACUACCGCAGACACCAUCAUGACGCCAGUGGAUUCCGGAGAAGAUCCAUUCCUCGUCGAUUGCACAAGCGAACACAGCGAGUACUACAAACCAACCUGCAAUCACAAUCGUGGAGUCGACGAGAGAGCCUACAAUCCAAUAGACAUCCUGGGUUAUCCAGCGAGGAAGCAUUGAGUAAAUUAUUGUAUUUAGCAAACAGCAUCAUUGCAGAGGAACGAGCUCGCAUAGACAAGACGAUUGAUGUUGGCAUUGUACUGUUCAACCCUGCCAUGCUCCUGAGUGGCAUCAGUGGCCUAGGAUUACUGGCAUUCUACAUAGCAGGCUAUUUCAAAAGCGAGCCUUAUCAGUUCCGAGUUACUGGAUUGCUGGUGGAGGCCUUGUUAUUGCUUUCAAUGACAGCGUGGAAUGGAUACAUAUUUUAUAGAGAACAGGUGUUGGCGUACCGAGAAAUGACAGAUCGCGCAUCCACCAUUAUCGGUGCCCUGGAGAGAAGUGGUAUGAACAUGGUGCAAGAUACCAAAAUUCCUUUUAUACCCUCCAUGUCUGUUGCCAAAGUCGUGCGAGAUGGUGUGGUUCGUAUUUUCCCUGUCAAUUUAUUGGUGGAAGGUGAUAUUGUGGAGAUGUUGUAUGGAGACAUUGCGCCUGGAAGAAUGAAGUACAUGCACAAAACCAUGCCAGUCUCGAGUUUGAACGAGUACAACGGGAUGGACGAUGUUAGCCACGAGGCGGCAGAUGUCAAGCAGAAAAAGAGACGCAGCACACACAGUAGUAGCAGUGAGAGUGCUAUGGAACCGCCACUCAACACGAAAGAAUACUACAUUGCCAAGGACCAGUCCUUCAAGCCUUCCUUCUUUGGCAUCCCACCACCUUUCGGCUUGAUGGAGGAGUACAUGCGAUCCAGAGGUCGUCACCAGUUUAUCUUGUUGGAAUCACCCCUGGAAAAAAACAUGCGAAGAGCUUUGAGCCAGAAACGACCCAACACAGUAAUGCACAAUGAAAGCCAUGUCAUUAUCCGCGUAUUUUACAAGUACAUUAUCUGGAUUGUCUUGGGCAUUGCUCUGUUAGUCAACUUUUUGCGCUACGGUAUACGAAGCACAUGGAUCAACCACUUUCCUGCUGAUCAGCUCAUUGAAGAGGUCUUUACCAUGUCCAUUUACGCCAUCAUUCCAUUGCUGCCCUUGUGUAUCCCAAGCAUGUGGAUCAUUGCCCGCAGUUUUGGUAAUGCUCAGUUGCUGAUUCUGUUUGAGGCACUGCAAAUCUCAAAGACGGAAUAUGAAGACGAUGACGAAGUGGAUGAAUUUGAUGCGGAAGCACCUCCUCCUACAAAGGAUUUGGAAUUGAGUCCAAAUGCUGUGUGGGACAGGUUUUUGUCGCUACUGACCAAAUGGGAUCGACUCUCCCUGACUAGAUCCACCAACCUGCUGGAGUCACUGGGAAGCACCACUGUGAUCUGCUGUUUGGAUAGAGAGGGAACCAUUGCCAAUCCGUUUCCUACUGUAGAGCAGCUCAUGUUUCCCAAUAAUGAAGAGGACAUCACCUACCUGGAUGUGGAAGAAGACUCAGAUGAGGAGACUGGCUUGAAAUUUGAGGAUCAAGACUGGGAGCAGUAUUUACCAUGCUUGAAACCAUUAGGCUUGAAUUUUAUGCUCAACACCAACUGCGGCGUCAUUCAAAGCCGUAAGAGGUCCGAAUAUCACCGUAGACGUUCCAAGUUGCAUGUGUAUGGCAAAACAGCUCCCGCGAGACAAUCUUGUUUAUGUCGCCUUGGUAAAUGCAUUGGUUUCAGAGAAGAAGCACUACAGUCGUUUGCUUUGAGAGCAGAGAUCUACACAUUUGCGCCAUACCACGAGAUAUUGAACACACCAAGAUACAAGUACAGCAAAUACUAUCAAUUUGAAGUGCCCAAUGCCCUUUCCACGGUAUUUGAAGAACGCACAUCAGGAAGCUAUCAAUUGCUCACGGAUGGACACCCCUCUUUGGUCAUGGACAAGUGCUCUGAUUAUUGGGACGGAAACUCGCUUCAAACCAUGAGUGAAACGAUGGAAAAGAAGAUCAACGAUUUCUUCCAAAACGCCCUUGUUCAUGACAUGCAAUGCAUUGCCUAUGCUUAUCGUCCCAUCAACACAGUCAACGAUGGCCGUAUUCCCUUCUUGAAUCCAUCCGACGACGAAGACGAAGACCCUGGCUGUGCAUUUGUCGUGUUGCCUUACAAACCACCCAGUUCAGAUAGCUCUGAUUCCAGCAGCAGUGAAUCUUCAUCUGAAUCGUCCUCGCCUUCCUCGUCAUCCUCGUCGUCUUCUCAUCACGUUCAGGGAAGCAAUGGCAAGCAGCCUGCAAGCAGUGUGGCCAUUAUUGAAAAUGCACCCAAAAGCCGCAGAACUUCCAAAACGACGAGUUCCAGCAGCAGCGAGUCAUCAGAGACAGGGUCUAGUGAUUACUCUUUUGAAGAAGAUGAACCUGUGGAUGAGCAAGAGGAAGCCACUUUCUACAAAGAGGUAGUUAAAGGUCAGAUCUUUUUGGGCAUGACAGCCAUGUGUCAUCAGCCAAAGCAGAAUGUGGUUGAUUUCAUUGAGGAUUUGGGGCUUGCUGGUAUACGCUUUGUUUAUUUCUCAACUACUGCAGAAAGAGAGUCGAAAGCUUUUGCCGAAAGACUUGGUCUUGAGACGGAUUGGAAUAGUUGUAUCUUGCUAUCAAACCCUGACGACGAGAAUUGUGGGAACGGAUACCUUCAGACGCACGAUAUCAAAGCUCAACUACCUCGUGGCAUUGAUGAGAUACGCCCUCACUUAGAAGAUGUGGAUGAUAUACCAUUGCACGUCUCUUUAUUUGCAGAAUGUACGCCAAGAGCAAUGAGAGAGAUGGUUCGUAUAUUUCAAGAGAAUGGGGAGGUCGUUUGCUGUAUUGGAAAUGCCCUCAACACCAAGAAUACCGAAUCUUUUGCUUUGGCUGAUGUCAGUAUCGCCAUGGAACCUAUGCAUACACGAGCUCAAAGCAAAGGUCGCCUCUCAACCAAUGAUCGGCAACCACCCUUGGCUGUUGGAGCCUCCUUGUGCAGUCUGCCAUGCGGAUUAUUCAUGCAAUACGAGACAAGUUUAUAUGCCGUAACGCAGCUGAUACGUGAUGCCAGAAGACUGUUGACUUGCGUUAGAAUGGGAUUUGCUUUCUAUGUCGCUGGCUGCAUGACCAUGUCACUGAUGUUGCUCUUGAGUUUUUGUCUAUUGUUGCCACCCAUCUUUGCAGGAUAUCAGAUUUUAUGGGUCUUAUGGAUUAUUUUGCCCAUUCUAUCCAUGUCUAUGCUCUUUACACCUCACGAAGAUGGCAUUAUGUUGCUGAUGCCCGGCAAAAAUAUCGAGCAUUUGACUGAUUUCUGGAGAUUCAUGUGCUAUUUCGUGCUACGAUUUAUUCUAGUCAUUACCAUGUGUGUUGCCAUUUAUGCCAUGACAUUGAUUUACUCUUUGGGUAUCAACAUCACAGAUGCAUUUGGUAAAUUUGGCACAAAUGGCUGGUAUCAUUGGACGACAGAGGAGCAAUGGGCAGUGACCUACGCUCAAAACUUUAUGCUUUUAUCAUUUGUUUGGUAUCUAGCUUGCAUUUCACCUUCAUUUUUACAUAGAACAUCCUCUCUGAUUGAAUUCAUACCAUUCCGGAACAGAAUUUGGAUCGGUGCCUUCUUUUUGAGCAUCAUUUUGCAAUUCUGUUUCUGUGCCGUCUCACUCGCGCAUGGCCCCUUUGAACUAUCCAAGAUCCCGUGGUUUGUUUAUUUCUUGGGCUUUGCCUGGCCAAUUGUAUUGAUGCCUGUGCAAGAACUGGUCAAAAUGCAUGACAACAAGGAAUUUACACGAUUUCAAAAGAGAUCAAAGCUUGAAUUUAGUACUAAAGUAAGUCAUGAUGGCCAUUUAUUCGUAAAUUUUGAGUGA